GAGCCUGCAAACCUUGACAAAGGAGAAUCUGCCCUUUCCUUUUAUUUUUGUGCGCUUUGAGAGCAACGACUCCUGGCCCCUUUAAUAAUUAUAUGAUGAUGAUGACGACGAUGUCGAUAUCCUAAUCUUCGCUCACUUCCAUUGUUAACUCCUCUCACCUCAGCCCUUCUUUCUCUCCUUCUCAUCCUUCUUCGGACUUAUGUGAAGGAGAAGAAGAUAUGGAGGAAGAUGGGCAGGUUGAGACCGUGCAGUACUUCAGGAGCACUGGAAUGGUGUCGCCGGAGAUUGUGGAGAUUGGAGAUGACAGCAGGAGCAUGACCGGGGGUAGAGAUGGCACCUGUCAGGACGUUUACGUGGCAGUCGGUAAAGAUGAUCUAGGUGUUGUGAAGUGGGUUCUGGAUCAUCUUGUUACGGCUGCCAGUGGUCGGGUCUUCCUGGUCCAUGUCUUCCCACCGAUCACUCACAUUCCCACCCCAGUUGGGAAGUUGUCAAGGAGCCAACUGAGCCAAGACCAAGUGAGAGUAUACAUUAACGAAGAGACGAACAGGAGGAGGAACCUUCUGCAGAAAUACAUCCGCCUAUGCUCCGAAGCUAAGGUUACAGUCGACACUAUGCUUAUAGAGAGCAACUCGACAGCGAAAGCUGUUCUGGAUCUUAUACCUGUGCUUAACAUCACAAGUCUCGUGAUUGGAACGAAGAGAUCCCCUCACUCGAGGCGAUUGGUCGGAAAACUGUCAAAAGGAGAGUUUGUGAAGAGGAAUGCGCCGGAAUGCUGUGAGGUCACUAUAGUGUUCAAUGGACAGAAGGUUAUAGAGAUUAACGAGUCCAGAGACCCGAACCGCCCGUCUAUGAGAACCUGUUCCCCUGGAGAUGAAGCUUCUCGGCAUCCGGAGAGGAGAUUCUUUGAAUGUGCAUGCUUUCCAGUUUGUAGGCCCAAGGUUGAAGAACUCCAAGAACCCAUCAGUCAAAACUCAGGAGGCUUCAGCAAUGGAAAGAUUGAUAGGAUCAGAAGAUAGUUCCUGGAUAGGGGGGAACUGCAGCCCAGAAAGAAGCACAGACCAAGAGGCGAUCAUCGAGAGUUAGACUGCACGGUAAAGCUCGAAAAUAUUUUUCGGAGAUGGACCAGCAGAGAAGGGCUCAUUCUCUUGAAAAAGUAUGUUCCAUGAGAAGUCCUCAACACAAGCUCCUGUUUUGGGCUCAAACUCACUAGGAAAAGUAAAAUGAAACAUAGAAGACGAAGAAGAACGAUGAUUUGAAAUUAAGGAACACGUUCAAGUAAUUCAAUGCUAAUGCUUUGCGCGGAUAUAUACAUAUACGAUGUGACAAGUAACUAUUGUUUUGCCUACCUGUGCGUUACACAAGCUUAUUUUAUUUAUUUAUUUAGUAAGUAUUUGUAUUUGGCGAUUUAUAAUGUUCAAAUAUAAUAUUAGUUACCAUGCA